UCCCGUGAGAAAGUCCAGCUACUCACACUUACACCAGAAUCUUGGAGCAUAAAGGAGGCAUCUUCUUAUUUUCAAGUAUCUGAAUAUUUUGUAAAACGUGCCCGUGAACUUAAAACAGAGUAGGGUAUCUUAGCUUGCCCAGGAAAAAAGAAGGGCAAAGAGCUUCCCAGCAGAACAAUUGAGGUAGUAAAUUCAUUUUUUGAGGAUGAUGAAUUUUCAAGAAUUAUGCCAGGGAAAAAAGAUUUUGUGAGCAUCAGUCAUAACACUCACAAACAAAAACGCCUUCUUUUGUGCAACCUUAAGGAGUUAUAUGCAACCUUUGUGAGUCAACAGCCUGACAUCAAAAUUGGAUUCUCAAAGUUCUGUUCCCUUCGUCCAAAAUGGUGCAUCACUGUUGAUUCAAAGGGAUCUCAUUCUGUUUGCGUGUGUGUCACACAUCAAAAUGCAAUUCUGCUUGUUGAUGCUAUAGAUCUGGACAAAACCUACAAAGACUUAAUUGACAUGAUAGUUUGUGAUCGAGAUAGCAAAACCUGCAUGAUACAUAGGUGUGAUGAUUGCCCAGGUACACAGUAUCUUCAAAAUUUCCUAAGUGAAACUCUUACAAGUGCAGACGAGGAAAUAUUUUUACAGCAAUGGCAGAGUACUGAUAGUACAAAACUUAUAAGCCAGACUCUAGAUUUAGAAAGUUUCAUUGACCUGGUAGUAAAAACCAUUGAUAGAUUGACCUCACAUUCAUAUCUGGCAAAAUGUCAAGCAAGGUAUUUGAAGAUUCGCAAAGAACAAAUUGGAGAGGAUACAGCUAUUGCAUUAGGUGAUUUUGCAGAGAACUACAGUUUUGUGGUGCAAGAUGAGGUCCAGUCUUACCACUGGAGCAAACCAUGCUGUACCUUGCACCCACUUGUUGUAUAUUUCAAAGAAGAUGAGACACUGAUGCAGAACUCCUUCUGUAUUUUAUCAGAUGAUCUGGAACAUGACACCAGCUUGGUAUAUCAGAUUCAAAAAGAAUUAACACAGGUCAUCAAAACUAAAUUGCCAAAAAUAUGCAAACUAGAAUAUUUUUCUGAUGGUUGUGCUUCCCAAAACAAGAACUACAAAAAUUUCUUGAACUUGACACUCCAUCAGCAAGAUUUUGGGUUAUCUGCAAACUGGACAUUCUUUGCAUCAAGCCAUGGCAAGUCCCCCUGCGAUGGCAUCGGAGGAGCAGUUAAGAGACUGACAGCUAGGGCAAGUUUACAAAGACCAAUUUCAUAA